CAACAUCGAAAGUGGUGAAACCGUCCACCAGGUGAGCUCAUCAUCCACCACACGCUAUCAUGCCAACAUCGCCUAGCGUUGCCUUCUCUUGACCGGAACAUACACGCACACUGGCGGUACCAAUCACAUCUCAAUCACCACGACGGGUGUCAAUGGCAUCGAGGCAUUCCCAAAGCAGGUGUGGCCUGCCGCUGGAGGUCACUUCAAAGCAUUGGUGAUGCUGUCGCCCGGAGCCAACCAGCUAAUGAUAUUCCACCUGCGUAACGGCAAGUCGAAAGCGGGGCUAAUCAACCUGCUGCAUUACAUUCCUUUACUGCAGAACCCACCGCUUCACCUCGCCAUCAUGGUCGCAAGCGACUCUCCCCUGGCCAUGUACUGCCCUUCCCACAAGCAGGGCGAUGCCUAUGGCACCCACGAUGACCUUGCUGCAGCCAUUGCCAAGUUCCGCAUGACAGCAUACAUGUGGCAGGCAAUGACUGCUGAGGAUAUGCGCCUGAAGGGCCUAGGGCGUCGCACGUUCAGACUGGAUGAAGAAUGGGCUGCCGACACUGUCAGUCGGGAAUUCUGCAAUGCACCAAUGCAACCUUUGCAUCGCGAAGGCAUCAUGCGAACUACAGCCAAGAUCCACGUCGUCCGCUCCUCCGCGACAGUGAACCAGAUUCGCCGUGAUAACGGAAGUGUCCCUUGGCGCUGCUUCGUUGAUGCCCUGAAGGAAGCAAAAGGGCCGUUCCAGUCUUCGACUCGUCCGGUGGUUGCGGGCAUAAUGCUUGACUGGCCGUACCGCGAUCAAAGCACAGUGAGGGAUGGAGGUGCCUCGGGUCGCCAUGAUGCCAAUGGUGUCUCCUUUGGAUUGUCCGGAGGGGACUUGACGUUCUCCUGGCCCCGCUUCGUGGAAGAGGUAGCCGACUGCUUGGCCGAUACUACCAGCCCGGGCUCUUCAAUCAGAGAGAGUUACCAUAGAUGUGCUUCGAUGUGGGAGACUUGCGCCAUCGGACAGGGGGCUCUUCUCCUAGCAGUUGGACAAGCUUUUGGUUUGUCGCGCCAUCCAGGUAUCAUGGCACAUGGGUACGCAUUGGACUGGCCGAAGAAUUUCCUCGCCGAGACGGCGUAUUCAUGUUGUCUCCGAGCGAGCGGUAUGAUAGUGUCUGACAGCACCCGGAACACUGCACACUGGGAUCUUGCAGACGCCCUUGUCCUCCGCCGCCUUCGCCAUUUUAGAUUGCCGUCUGAUUCGCUCAAGGCAGCAUUUCAUCGCAGCGAAAAGCCCGGAUUCUGCUGGAAACGUGACGAGGAGACAGGCGGGGCAAUCCUGGAGAUUUCUUCGUUGGGAGGUAUUGCCCGUAUCUCGUUCAACGGAGAAGCUGAAGCUUGCCCAACAGUUGGUCAUCCCGUCAAAAGCGUAGAAAUCCAGGAAGAAGGGCUCGUCAAAAGGUUCAACAGAAAUGCUCCCCUCUCGCUCUCGAUAGUUGGGGUCAACGGCGAAGAGACCAGGAAGAAAAACGUAUGGCAAACCCCUCCAUCGAUCGAGGCCAUCAAGAUUCCAGGAACUGGGAUGAUGCUGGAAAAACGCUUCGUGAUCGGAGCCGGCGGCACAGGGGACUGGAAUGACAUGAAGCCGUGGGUGCAACUCCUGCGUGAUAAGGGGCCUGAUGGGAAGAUCCACGGCGCUGUGCGCAUGGAUUUAUACGUUGGGUGUUCUUGGCAAGGUAGCCGUGUAAAGUACGAGGACGGGCACACCGGCCAGUGGGGCAUGCCACCUGACUCAACGGAAAGCCUCUUUCAGCAUUGGAUCCACGGAAUCGACCUUGGCCGCGACGGUCCCAUCAGCAUGGUCGAGUGCAACCGUGGCAAGAGAUGGACUUCCGUCAUCUUCGGCAUCAAGUUCCACCUUGCAAAUGGAACCAGCCAGGGUGAGCUCAAUCUUAGCAGUCAUUCAUACGAAGCACUCUGUACCGACGAUGGAUACGAUUACGGUGAUGAUGGAUACAGUUACGGUGAUGAUGGAUACGGGUACAUGAAUGAUGGACACGAUUACAGCGAUGAUGAUGCAACUAUGGAUGAUGAGAAGGCCUGCGGCGUUGUGAAGCUGGCGCCUCGAGCAGACGAAGUGAUUGUGGGUUUUUUCGGGAAGAACAGGCAAUACGGAGGAGUGGCGCAAUUUGGCAUCAUCACGGCACCGAAGGAGCUUGGGCUUGAUGGACUUCCGGAUGCAGUGUUCGACUUGCCGGAGCUGAAGACCGGUUGAUGGUGGGAACUAGACGGAACAAGGUGAUGCUGAGGGGGUACACGUGGUGAAGCUGUGGGCAAGGAGCAGGGCUAAGGCACUAGAACAUGUUAUGCGAGGGGUUGGAAGCAUCGUGGACUCGGAGGU